CGAAAAUACGGCCGGUAAAUUUGUGCCGUGUGCUUCCUUCACUGUAUUGUGUGCGUAUUAUUGAUCCUACGCCUACAUUCUUUGCUCAUAAUUUAUCGAAAAUUCCUUCAAGAGCUAUCGAAAUGGAUGAGGAGGCUCCUUCGAUCGAUGACAUCCGUUUGUGGACUGUGCCACGUCUAAAAGACUUUUUGAGGCAGCGGAGACUGAAGGUUUCAGGACGGAAAGACGAGCUGGUCGCCCUUGUUUUUUCUGUCUUGCAGUCACCAGGGCUAGCCCCUGUCACGCAGCCUUACGCCGGGCCCUCAGCCGGAGGUAGUGGGUCAAUCACGGACCUCCUCCGUCUUAAAGAUGGUACUCUCCUGCCUGAUCCGAGCACCCUUACUGAUUGGGAGACAGAAACUUCUGCCAUAACAAAAUGGCCCCCUACAAUGGCAUUUGAUCUCCAUGCCUACCUGACAAACAUCGAUGACAUCCCACUUGGAAAAAGACUGAUGUCUGAUUAUAAGGAGGGCAAAGCAUACAGUUAUUUUGCAUCAGGCUGGCUGAAGCAGGUGUACUACCAUCCAAUUUCAACAACCAGCAAGUACUGUUUUUUGCGAACUGAGUGUGUUCCAUCACAACGAAUUAAUAACAUUCCGUGGAAAGUGUGGGUGGCCAUAGAGAAAAAGUCUGGAACUAUACAGAAUGCGUACUGCACUUGCUUUGCUGGGUAAGCAUCAAACAAGUUCAACUCUCUUAGCAUUGUUUAUCUAAU